UGAUUGGAUGAAAAAUAAAUUAGGCGAAAGUAAGUUGAUAGAAAUAAGAUAAAGAGCCCACACAUUCAUUCUCUCUUUGCUCUGUAUUUGCACGUCUUAUCAUCAAAGAGAAGGAAAUGGCAACGGGGCUGAAGGCACUGCCUUUCUCAUUUGGGGCACACUUUCUUGCCUUAAUUGCUGCUAUUAUGGUCUUAGUUUGGUCUAUUCACUUUAGGGGUGGCUUAGCUUGGGAGGCUGAUAACAAAAAUCUCAUCUUUAAUAUUCACCCGGUACUUAUGCUUAUUGGGUUCAUUAUUCUUGGGGGAGAAGCCAUCAUGAGUUACAAAUCUUUCCCCCUGGAGAAGCAGGUGAAGAAAGUGAUACAUCUAGUUUUACAUGCUAUCGCCCUCAUACUUGGAAUAAUUGGAAUCUAUACCGCAUUCAAAAAUCACAAUGAAAGCAACAUCCCUAACAUGUACAGUUUACAUUCCUGGGUUGGAAUAGGAGUUAUUACUCUUUAUGGCAUUCAGUGGGUUUAUGGAUUUGUGGUGUUCUUCUACCCUGGAGGUAGUUCUGAAAUCAGACGCGAUUCACUUCCCUGGCAUGUGCUUUUGGGAAUGUUUAUAUAUGUCAUGGCUGUUGGCAAUGCCUGUUUAGGAUUCCUUGAGAAGCUCACAUUCCUGGAAGUUAAUGGUUUGGCUAAAUAUGGUUCUGAGGCCUUCCUAGUUAACUUUACUGCCAUUGCUACCGUUCUGUAUGGGGUCUUUGUGUUUCUGACCAUUCUUUCUCAGGGUCCCACUGCGGAUGAUCAUAGUUACUCCGCCAUUUCUUGAGUUCCAAUAAGCUAUUGUUGCAUAUCGCGUUCUAUUGAACGUGAACAAGCAUAGACUCUUUACUGGUGCCUCUCUACCUUACGUACUUUGAUCAUCUUAUUAUAGUAUCUUCGAUCAUGUACCUCUUUGUAUAUUAAUGUAAAACUCAGUUCUUCAUAGUAUUGUAAUCAUGAUGAGCACAAUCUUGAUGUUUAUGUUAUAAUAUGGGAGCUAAGAUUUGUAUAUAGAUGAUUGUGGUGGGAGGCCAUGAAAACUUUGAAUA